GCAUUAAUUAAUUAUUUUGGCCAAAAUGAUGGUUUCGAUUUUUUAUCUAUCUAUUUUAGUGAUAAUCAAUUAUCGUCUACAUUGAUUUUUAUCUAUCUAACGCCAUUUGAAAAUUGUUUAGAAUUUUUAUCCAAACAAAUAUUGGAAUCAUAUUUCAUUCCAAUCAUACAGCUGGUGGCUAAUUUUUUUAAUAAUUUAUCUGUUGAAAAUUUUAAAAAUGAGCUCAAAUCAUCAACUCAAAUUGAUGAUAUAAUUGGAUCUAUUGUGAAAAAAUGUAGAAAUUUUGCCAUAAAAUUAUCGAGACCAGCGAUGGCAAAAUCAUUUGAAUUUUUACGGCUAAAAUUCACUCUACGUACAUUACAAUUAUCAUCAUUCAGUGGAAAAAUGAAUGCAUUGAAUGAAUUGAACAAGAUUAUCUCACAUUACAAUUAUUGUGAAGAGAAAACAACCAACAACUAUACAUUGAUUAAUCAAACGAAUGAUUCAUCAUCUAUUGAAUUAUUGGCUACGUCAGAUGAAACGGCACAAUGGCUAUACGAUAAUAAUGUUGUCGAAAUUAUAUUAAAUGAUUGUCUUCAUCAUACACAAUAUGUGGAAAAAUUGGACAAUAUAUUUCGAUUUCUAUUGAAAGAAAAUCGUCUAACACUUGAUUGUUUGGAUCGUAUUUGGAAUUCACAACUUGGAAAACAUGAAAUAAUUGUUAAAAAUAUUCAUGAAUUAAUUGCCAAACUUGCAUGGCAUUUUUCUCCUAAUCAACUUGAUCAUCUAUUUGUUUGUUUUCAAUCCAGUUGGUCUACGGCAACAAAAAAAGAACGUGAAAAAUUAUUACAACUAAUGCGACGAUUAGCUGAAGAUGAUAAAUAUGGUUCAAUGGCAAAUAAAAUGUUAUCAUUAUUAUGGAAUAUUGCCUAUAAUCAUGAUGAAAUCGAUAUAGAAAUUGUUGAUCAAGCUAUUGGUGCUCAUUUGAAAAUACUUGAUUAUAGUAAAACAUUUGAAAAAGAUAGUCAACGAUUCUAUUGGAUCGAACGAUGUGUGAAUGAGAUUGGCGAUUCAAAUCAUGGAAACAAUGUGAUUACUGCAAUGAAACAUAUACGAGAAAUUCUUUUACUUUGUCCGGAACAUUGUUCAAAACAAUAUUAUGCUAGCUGUGAAAUUCAACAACAACAACAACAACGUAUUAAGCGUGAAACACGACAUUAUAUUAUUACGAAAAUGAAUAGUGAACUGGAAUUGAUGUCCAUGUUGGUUCGAAAUCUGUCCAAUUAUAUGAAAUGGAUGCGUUCGAAAAAAUCUGAACUUAAUGAAUUAGAUGCGAAUAUUGCACUAGAUGGUAGACGAAUUUCUCAUCGUCAAGAAUUACAUGAACGUUUAGGAUUUUUACGUUUCAUCAUACAAGAAGGAACAUGUUUAUUAUCUAAAGAAAUGGCUACUGAAUUAUGGAAUUGUUUAGCAAUACAAGCAAUAUUUCCUACUGAUCGUCAAAUUUGUUUUCAAUGGUUUUCAUUAUUAAUGGAAUUUGAUUUCUAUCUUGAUGAUGAUUAUUCACAUGUUUUUUUGGGCUUUUUACAUGCAAGUUUAGCCAAAUUUGAUCCAUCAUUAAUCGAUAUAUAUGGUGUUGAAUGUUUUGAAAAAUUUUUCAAAAUAAUCAAUUGUAAUCAAGAAAAGCUCAUUUAUCAUAAUUCUUCAUAUCUAACAAAUGAUGUUGAUCUAAUUGGCCUGGAUUAUUUAUGGAAAUUAAUAUUGUUUGGAUCGGAUGAAGCGGCUUGUAAUAAAGCAAUUAAUUUACUUAAAGAAUUUUUUACAAAUUUUGGACCUAAAUUGAUUGAAUCACGUUUAGAAUUACAUCAAGAUUUUAUUAACAUAUGUUUUGAUCAACUAAAAUGUAGUUAUGAUACUGUUACAGUGAUUGGUCAUGAUGAAAAUGAACCAAAAAUAAAUGUUGAAUCAACAAAAAUGAUACGACUAUUAUCGGUACUAUGUGAAUAUAUAAGAAAAGGUGAUAAUGAUUAUUAUGGCAAUAAACGUUUAAUAUUACCAAUGUCACAAUGUUUUCGUGGUAAAUCAGUGGAAUUAGUCAUCAAGAUCAUGACACAGGCAUAUAAUCGUAAUAUUGAUGAAUUGAUAUUGCAAACACAUACGAACGAAUCAAUUUUAUUUGUACGAGAAAAAAUUCUGGAAAAAAUCAAUAUGAGUAAUGAAAAUGUUGAAAUUGAAAUGUAUGAAUCAGUAGAAAAAUUUGAUCUAUCUAAAUUCAAAAAAGUGGCCGAACUUACAACGGAAAAACGAUUUUGUUUUUCCGUACGAGUCAUGCAACAAGCAAACACAAUAAAUUGGACAUCUGAUAUGGAAUUUUCGAAUAAAUUUGAAAAACUUAUGCAGCCAGAAACUGUCGAUCCAUUACUUGAACGUUCAUUGCCUGGAGUGAUAAUGUCCGAAAAUUGUCGAUAUGUAAAUUUUCUAUUCAAUGUAUCCGAUUUAGCAAUGUCAUUGAAACAUGAUCAAUUACGGGAAAAAUGUUUGGAAAUUUUACAAUCAAUGCCACCAGAUAAAUUCUAUAUGAAUAUGAUUAUCGAUACAUUUCUUGAUCCAAAUCAGAUUAAUGGUGGUGAAAAUGUACUUGAAUGUUUUGAACGUGAACUAUUAUCAUCGCCAACAAAAACUGUUUACAUGUUGGAAAUUAUAUUUGCCUUGAUACUACCAUUUGAUGAUAAUUUUUAUAAAGAAUCGGCUCGUUUUCAAAAAUCAUUCAUUGAAUGUGGUUAUUGUUUACGUAUUUUGAAUUUUAUUCAUGAUGAAAAAUUUCGAAAUACAAUGGAUAAUUAUUGUCUAAUUCGAGCUAUGCAUCUAAUCCUGAAGAUAAGCAAAUUUACAUUGUUGACAUUUUGUUUUCUCAAUGAAUACUCACAUGGAUUGCACGAUACAUUGCGUGAUAUUCUUCGUCAUUGUCAUGAAGAUUUUGUAUUGAAAAAUGUAGCCAGUAGUACGGCACAGAUUCUACAUAAAGAAUCACCUUUAUCAAAACAAUUUCUGCCCCAAAAUGUACAUAUUAAUUCAUUAUUACGAAUCGCUUGGCUAAUGGCCACUGGUGAUCAACGGAUAAAUAUUGAUUAUCAAAAGAAUCUUGAUGAAUUACAUGAAUAUUUUAUCAAAAGUUAUUCAGAUGAAAAUUUUAAUAGUAGUGAUUAUAAAUCCGAUGAAAUGUUUGAUGUUUGUCAACAUGCAUUGGAAACCAUAACAUUAAUGUUGAUAUUAGCACCACAAUAUUCGAAUUUUCUAUCAAAAUCGGCCAAUAUGCAAAAAUUUUUCAUUGAUCUUCUUUUAAUCACAUCGAACAAAACCAUACGAAAGACAAUGGCAGAUCAAUUUUCAUUCAUCACAAUGAUCAAUUUGUCCACCCAUUCGAAUGUUGCAUCAUCCAUUUUGGAGUUGAUUUUCAAUUAUUUACAAAAAUAUUUGCUCAAAUUUCAUCAAACAUCUGGUCAAUUUUUUCGAUUUUGUUGUCAAUUAUUGGAGAUUUGUGCCACUAUUUCGGUCGAUAUACAAUAUCCAAUCAUCAAUAGAUAUGUUGAUUAUGAAUAUAACUUACUAAGAUGUCCUAAGGAAAAUUUUUUUAUUAAUGGUCAAUGUCAGGAAACAUUGUUGGAAGGAAAUUUAUGCAUCACUAAAGUAUUGGUCUCCAAAUUUCUUUCACACGAAUCAAAAUGUAAAAUUGGACUAGGUGACCAAGAUGAACGUGGUUUAGUCCAUAUUUUGCUUGAUCAAUAUUUAUUUACUGCCUCAAAAUCUUUGUGCCUUUUUCGACAAAAUUCUGAUGUUUUUAUUGCUGAUAUCUAUCCGGUUUGUCCCGGUACACAAUCAUUGAUCGCAGCUUAUGAAUUAUUGGCUGCAUUCUGUGAUGGCUGUCUAGAGAAUUUGGAAUUUAUUUGCCAAAAUUUAGAAUCAUAUAUGAAUACGAUGGUCAUUUCAUCAUGGGAUUAUUUUCCCAACAUUGCUAUACGUCCGGAAAAUGGUUUUGUUGGCCUGAAAAAUGCUGGUGCCACUUGCUAUAUGAAUUCAGUUUUGCAACAACUUUUUAUGAUUCCAGAAGUUCGUAAUGGAAUAUUAUCUGUGAUAAUCGAUUCUCCAUACAAUUUUUAUGAUAAUAAUAAUAAUGAUUUGGAUAAUUUUUUUAUCACCCCACUUAACAAUAUGGAAAAUAAUAUAAAUUCAUCAAGCCAAGAAGUGGAUGUAAAAGCCUAUAAUAUUGAAAUUUUUCAACAAAUACAAAUCAUAUUUGGUCAUUUAUUGCUAAGUCAAGUGCAAUAUUAUGUACCGAAAGGAUUCUGGGAACAUUUCAAAUUGUUUGGCGGUAAAAUACAUUUAAAAGAACAACAAGAUGCAUUAGAAUUUUUCAACGGUUUAUUCGAUAUACUUGAUGAAGCACUUAAAGGCCUGAAUCAACCGCCUAUCAUGACGUCUAUAUUCGGUGGAUCAUUUUCUGAUCAAAAAGUUUGCAAAGAUUGUCCACAUAGGUAUUUUCGUGAAGAACCAUUUACAACAUUGAAUGUUGAUGUCAGAAAUCAUCACACAUUGAAUGAUUCAUUGGAACAAUAUGUUCGUGGUGAUCUUUUGGAAGGCGACAAUGCCUAUAAAUGUGAAAAAUGUGAUCGUAAAGUGAAUACUGUUAAACGUUUAUGUAUAAAACGUUUGCCAAAAAUUUUGGUUAUUCAAUUGAAAAGAUUUGGCUAUGAUUUUGAUCGUGAUGUAUCGAUAAAAUUUAAUGAUUAUUUUGAAUUUCCACGCUAUUUGGAUAUGGAACCAUAUACGGUCAAUGGAUUAGCCCGUAAAGAAGGUGAAAUUAUUGAAGAAAAUUUAAUUAAUGAUGAAUAUAAUGAUAUAACGGAAUAUGAAUUGAAUGGUAUCGUUGUACAUAGUGGUCAGGCAAGUGGUGGCCAUUAUUAUUCAUUCAUUCUACAUGAAACACCAAAUGAUGGCCAAAAGAAAUGGUAUAGAUUUGAUGAUACAGAUGUAAGUGAAUGUAAAUUGGAUCAAGAUGAAGAGAUGCGUAAUCAAUGUUUUGGUGGUGAAUAUAUGAACGAUUAUUAUGAUCAAUUAUUGAAGAAAACAUUACAACGUGUACAGAAACGUUGGUGGAAUGCAUUCAUAUUAGUUUAUCGAAAAGUUGAUCAAAAACCGAAAUCAUAUCAACGGCCAACAAUACCGUUGGCAAUAAAAAAAAAUGUUCAACAUCAGAAUACCUUGUUUAUUCAUCAACGAACAUUGUUUAGUGAAGAAUUUUAUCAUUUCAUAAAAAUAUUGAUCGAUUGUAAUGGAAAAAAUUUGAAUUUUUCAAAUAUUCCACCGGAAAAAUUGAAUCGAAUUAUUAUGGAAACAUUGAAUAUGGCUGCCAAAUUUUUGAUUAGAUUCGGUUUUAAGGCAAAAAAAUCAUUACGAUUCAAUGCAAAUGAUUGGAAUGAUUCAUUGAUACCAUAUCUACAACACGAUUCUUCCAUACGAUCCUGGUUUAUCGCCAAUCAUUUGAUGAACAAUGCAAAUAAAUUGCUUUGUGAUUUUCUUUUACAAUGUCCAUCGAUUGAUGUUCGUAAUGCAUUUGGUAAACUUGUCAUGUUUUUAAUACGCUAUUCCAUAAUGGAUCAACAACAAGAUGCCACAGAAUCAAAUGUCAUCAAUCCAUUUGUCAGUGAAAUAAUGUCAAUAUUGGUAUCAUUCAUACAAAAAGAUGUACCGGAUUGUUCACGACAAUCAUCACAAUAUUUCACAUUAUUCCAUUCAUAUGCAUUGUUAGGCAUUGAUCAACGACGACAUUUAUUAAUGUUAUCUGUACCAUCAUUGUUCAUGACAUUUGCCAUUGAACGAAAUUUUUCAAUGUCAAAAAAUAAUCAAACUGUCGAUAAUCGAUUAUAUCAAGUGGUCAGCUAUUUAGUUCGUAGUUGUGAUCCAACAUCGGUGAUCAUUCCACAAUUACCUGAAUCUUAUCAACCAAUAUUGAAUCCAUUUAUGUGUGAUCAAAAUAAUGAUGAUCAAUAUAUAAUGCCUAUGCCACGGGAUAUAAUUGAAAAAUUGUACUUGAAAAAAUCCUAUUUACGACAAAUCAUUAUGGAAGCCAUUUCAUUGGAUGAAAAUGAUGCAUUGAUCAAAUUUUGUUGCUGGGAAAAUCAACCAUUUUCAUUAUAUACAUUGGAAGAAUUAUUUUCACAAUUAAGUAAUACUUAUACUACAUAUGAAUUGGAACCAUAUUUUCAAUCAUUACGUGAUAUUCUCAUGAUGGAAGAUUCUUUCCAGCAUUUUAGGAUUCAUGUAGCCAUUCUUGGUAAUCAUACUGGAGAACGAUCUGUUGCAUACUAUGAGAAUAACCAUACAAAAUGUUUACUAAAAAUGUUGACAACACAUUCGAUACAUUUUGAGAAAAAAGUCUAUCAAUGUCUUGAAUUAUUAUCAUACGUAUUGAAACAUUCGAACCGAGCUGUCAGUAUUGUCAAUGAAGAUCCUAUCAAAACUGAAUGGUUCGAAGUGGUUAAAAAAUUAAAAAUGGAAACAAAAAAUAAAACGUUUAAUUAUAAUACCAAUAAUGAUUAUAAUAAUCUACAAUGGCCAUCAUUAUCAACGACAUCAUCAUCAUCAUCGCCAUCAUUGAAUAUGGAUACUAAAAAAUUAUUGAACGAAGUUGAAUCAUAUUUUCAUAUGAAUGAAUCAUUGGAUGAACAACAACAACCACCAACAACACAGGAGGAAGCAAACAUCAUUGAAAAUUCUGAAAAGGUUGUUGAAAUUCAACAAUCGGAAAAAGAAAAUGUUGUCAUUGAUGAGAAUCCUUUAUCGGAUCAAAUAGAAAAUAUGGAUAUAUCGUCCGGAUGAUCUCAAAUUUUUGUUGUUGUUGUUGUUGUUCUUGUUGUUGUUUUGAUAUGGUAAAUGGAUAAAAAAAAAAUUUCAUCUUUUUUUUUCUUUGGCUUAAAUCUAUCGAACUUUAUCUUUCACUUCUUAUUCAUUCACAUACAUUCAUUGCCUCAAUCUGUUUUUGUCUGUUUCACAUUUACAAAUCUGUUAAUUUAUAAUAUCGUUGAACAAAUUAAAAAGAUUCUGCGAUCGGUAUAGAUAUGGAACCAUUCACCGAAAUAACGUUGAUUUAA